AUGUCCUACCUCGGCACUCAAAGAUUUCCUUACGAGCUCGAGUUCCCCAUCGAUGACUCCGAUAUUGAAGAUCCCCGACGCUACCAAGAAGGCGGAUUCCACCCAAUCGUUCUUGGUGACCGACUCGGCCCUUGCUCCAACGGCCGCUUUCGCGUUGUCAACAAGCUCGGCGCCGGCGGCUACGGCACCGUCUGGCUGUGUCAAGACACCCACCACAAGCCUAUCACCCGGUACUCCUAA